AUGGACAAUUCUUCAGACGAUUACUUGCCCAGUCAUUCAUCAUCAGAUGUUGACUCCGACACAAGCUCAUUGCAAUUGAAACCCAGGAAGAAGAAAGCUAAAAGAUUAUCUAUCAAAUCGAAGAAAUCUAAUGAUGGUCUUCAGAUGAACAACCCAGUACUGACAUUAUCCACCAGUAACUUUGCAACAGCUGUAAAUUCCUCGAGGUCCAAUAUAAUUCAUCCUAGUACAGAUAAUCAAACAAUGUUGAAAUACCUACGGUUAUCCUAGGGUGCAAUCAUCGCGAUCCGCAACCUUUUACUUCUAGAGAUGCAAACAUCAUACCAAAAGAACAACGUCAGUCCACUAUUGAUGAAGUCAUCGAUGAAGUUAUAGCUCAGUUUUGUCUUAUA